UAUACGUGUACGGAAUGCGGCAUCCCUUUUCGUAAGUCUGCCCAACUAAAGGCCCACAAAGGUAUUCAUACUGGUGAGGUUCCCUUUCGGUGUUCCAUCUGCCAGAAAACCUUUUACCAGCAGCUCCAACCUCAUCACCCACAAGAGGAUUCAUACCGGAGAGAAGCCGUACCGAUGCACGUACUGCGGGAAGAGCUUCCGGCAAAAGGGGACUCUCACCAUCCAUGAAAAAAUCCACAUGGACGAGAAGCCUUUUAAAUGCUUGACAUGCGGGAAGACUUUCCGUCAGAAGGGAACCCUGAGCGUCCACGAAAAAAUCCACUUGGGAGAGAAGCCCUACAGAUGUUCCAGCUGUGGGAAGAAUUUCCGCACCGCGGCCGUCCUGAGGGUUCACGAAAGGAUCCACACUGGGGUGAAACCGUAUCAGUGCUCUGUGUGCCUGAAGAGCUUCACCGACGGGUCAAACCUCAUCACCCAUGAGCGAAUUCAUACCGGAGUGAAACCAUAUCAGUGCGCACGCUGUGGGAAGACCUUUUGUCAGAAAUCCGGCCUGAUGACACAUGAACGCAUUCAUACCGGAGUGAAUCCAUACAAACCCUCAGCUGAUCAGAAUCAUUUGGAGGGAACAUUUGAUCUUGAUGCCCAUCAGAAAGCAAAGCUGUGAGAGGGAUCAUAGACAGGUAGUCCUCGGCUUACAACGGUACAUUUAAGGACCAUUCGAAGGUACAACGGCACUGAAAAAAUGAUUUAGGACUGUUUUUCGCACCGAUUGGCAACACCCCCGUGGUCACGUGAUCAAAAUUGGAACUCUUGGUGACUACAUAUUAUGACAGCUGCAAUGUCCCGGGGUCACACUUUUUGCGACCUUCUGACAAGCAGAGUCGAUGGGGAAGCCAGUUUCAU